UCGCGUGACCGUUAAUAUUUGCCUUUGGUGAAUUCUCCCUCUUAUGGCGGAGGGAGCAGUCGGCGCAAUGGAUUGUCACUUCAAUUCAAAUGCACAUUUCGUGUUUUGAAGGCAGUAUUUUGAAAUAGAAGAGAUUUCGUUUUUACUUAAAGCACACUUUGUUGUAUUCUUUUUACGUCAUGGCGGACCGUGGCGUGGAUUUUUCCGGUAUACCGAAAGAGGUUCGAGACCAUUUGGCGGAGUUGGAAUUGGAGCUAUCGGAAGGUGACAUCACACAGAAGGGCUAUGAGAAGAAACGAGCCAAGCUGCUGGGCCCCUUCCUCCCUCAGAUCACCAGUGUGGUACUGGCUCUCCCAGACAUCCAGCAGCAGGCGUCCUCUGGCCCAUCCAGUGGUGAACCCAGCCGUGACUGUAGCCCUGCCAGUCCUGAGGCCCCUGGCCCCUCGUCUUCCUCUGGGGGGCGCAGGAACCGCAGCGGUGGUACCAGGGACGACCGUUACAGAUCAGAUAUCCACACGGAGGCGGUACAGGCAGCGUUGGCCAAACACAAGGAGGAGAAGAUGGCACUGCCCAUGCCCACCAAGCGCCGCUCAGCCUUCGUCCAGUCACCCGCAGAAGACUGCACCCCUCCAGACACAUCGUCAGCGUCUGAGGAUGAGGGUUCCCUGCGUCGCCAGGCAGCUCUGAGUGCAGUGCUGGCCCAGAGCCUUCAGAGCCCAGACUACUGGAUCAACCGUUCAGUGCAGAGUUCCUCCUCCACCUCCUCCUCCACCUCCUCCACCCUGUCCCACGGAGAGAAUAAGACCCCCACUUCCGCGCUGGCUGACAUACUGGCGAGCACACGCAUAGAGAACAGUGUCCCCCCAGACGUGACAUCCUCAACCCCUGAGAGGCGUUUAAGGGUGGACCUGCCCCCCAAUGCUAUGCCCAGGGGAAUGCCCCGAGGACAGAGCCGCACCAGCAUGCUGGAUACCACCGCUGACGGUGUACCAGUAAACAGCCGUGUUUCCACUAAGAUCCAGCAGCUACUCAACACUCUGAAACGGCCCAAGAGACCUCCGCUCAGUGACUUCUUCCUGGACGACUCAGAGGAGAUUGUAGAGGUGCCCCAGCCGGACCCCAACACCCCCAGGCCAGAGGGCCGUCAGAUCAUCCCAGUGAAGGGGGAGCCCCUGGGGGUGGUCAGUAACUGGCCCCCGGCCCUGCAGGCUGCCCUGGCACGUUGGGGGGCUUCACAGGCUAAGAGCCCCGCUCUCACCACCCUGGACGUUACCGGAAAACCCCUCUACACACUGACGUACGGUAAACUGUGGAGCCGCAGUCUGAAGCUGGCCUACACUCUGUUAAACAAACUGGGCACGAAGAACGAACCUGUCCUGAGAGCUGGAGAUAGGGUGGCAUUGGUGUACCCUAACACUGACCCUGCAAUGUUCUGGGUGGCCUUCUAUGGCUGUCUCCUAGCAGAGGUCAUCCCUGUACCCAUAGAGGUGCCACUGUCUCGACAGGACGCAGGCAGUCUGCAGAUUGGCUUCCUAUUGGGCAGCUGUGGGGUGGGCCUCGCCCUGACCAGUGAGAUCUGUCUUAAAGGACUACCCAAGACUUCCCAGGGAGAGAUCAUGCAGUUCAAAGGUUGGCCCCGUAUGAAGUGGGUUGUGACAGACACCAAGUACCUGACCAAGCCAUCUAAAGACUGGCAGCCCCACAUCCCCACCGCCAACACAGACACCGCUUAUAUCGAGUACAAGGCCAGUAAAGAGGGGACGGUGAUGGGAGUAGCCGUGUCUAAGAUAGCCUUGUUGACACACUGUCAAGCCCUGACACAGGCCUGCAACUACUGUGAAGGAGAAACGUUGGUCAAUGUCCUUGACUGUAAGAAGGACAUGGGCUUGUGGCACGGAGUGCUAACCAGUGUGAUGAACAGGAUCCACACCAUCACUGUACCCUACGCUGUCAUGAAGGCCUGUCCCAUGUCCUGGGUGCAAAGAGUCCACAUACACAAAGCACGUGUAGCUGUGGUGAAGUGUCGUGACCUCCACUGGGCUAUGAUGGCUCACAGGGACCAGAGAGACACCAACCUGUCCUCCAUACGCAUGCUCAUAGUAGCUGAUGGAGCCAACCCCUGGUCUGUGUCGUCGUGCGACGCCUUCCUCAACGUGUUCCAGUCUCACGGGUUAAAGCCGGAGGUCAUCUGCCCCUGUGCCUCCUCUCCUGAAGCUCUCACUGUGGCUAUACGCAGGCCUGGUGCUCGUGGUACAGCCCUCCCUGCCAGGGCCAUUCUCUCCAUGGGCGGGCUGAGUCAUGGGGUCAUCAGGGUCAACACAGAGGACAAGAACUCUGCCCUCACUGUACAGGACGUAGGCCAUGUGAUGCCUGGAGCUCUGAUGUGUAUUGUGAAGCCAGACGGGCCUCCACAGCUCUGUAAGACCGAUGAGAUCGGAGAGAUAGUGCUGAACUCCAGGGCUGGAGGAACCUUGUACUACGGUCUACCUGGAGUCACCAAGAACACCUUCGAGGUGAUUCCUGUGAACCAGGCCGGAGCUCCAAUAGGAGACAUCCCCUUCACUAGGACUGGCCUGCUGGGCUUCGUAGGGCCGGGAAGUCUGGUGUUUGUAGUGGGGAAGAAUGAGGGGCUCCUGAUGGUCAGUGGUAGACGACACAAUGCUGAUGACUUGGUGGCCACAGCCCUGGCUGUGGAGCCUGUCAAAACUGUCUACAGGGGCAGGAUCGCCGUGUUCUCAGUGACCGUGUUCUAUGAUGAGAGGAUAGUGAUCGUAGCGGAACAAAGACCAGAUGCCAGUGAAGAGGACAGCUUCCAGUGGAUGAGCAGAGUACUACAGGCUAUAGACAGUAUCCACCAGGUGGGUCUGUACUGCCUAGCACUGGUCCCAGCCAACACAUUACCCAAGACACCACUGGGAGGGAUCCACAUCUCUGAGACCAAACAGAACUUCCUAGAGGGGAACCUGCACCCCUGUAACAUCCUCCUCUGUCCACACACCUGUGUUACCAACCUGCCCAAACCACGGCAGAAACAACCAGUUGGAGUGGGCCCGGCCUCUAUCAUGGUUGGCAACCUGGUAGCAGGAAACAGGAUGUCCCAGGCUGCAGGCAGAGAGCUGGGCGUGGUGGAGGAAGAGGGUCUGGUCAGGAAGCUCUGUAUGUGGCCCACCGUGAUGCACCAGUUCCUGUCUGAAGCGCUACAGUGGAGAGCCCAGAGUGACCCUGACCACGUCCUGUAUGUGCUGCUCAACGCUAAGGGGGCAGCAGUGUGCACAGCCACGUGUGUUCAGCUGCACAAGAGAGCAGAGAAGAUAACCUCAGCCCUGAUGGAGAGAGGAGGCCUCAACACUGGGGACAACGUAGUGCUGCUAUACCCCCCUGGCAUUGAUCUGAUAGCUGCCUUCUAUGGCUGUCUGUAUGCUGGGUUGAUCCCUGUAACAGUGCGGCCCCCUCACCCCCAGAACCUGUCUGCUACCCUGCCCACUGUCCGCAUGAUCAUCGACGUGAGUAAAGCUGCCUGUAUCCUAACCACCCAGCCCCUUAUGAGGAUCCUCCGGUCCAGAGAGGCUGCUGCCAGCGUCAACGUCAAGACCUGGCCCACUAUCAUAGACACAGAUGACCUCCCCAGGAGGCGGCCCCCCCAGCUCUACAAGCCCCCCACAGCAGAGAUGCUGGCCUACCUGGACUUCAGUGUGUCCACCACAGGAAUGCUGACCGGGGUCAAGAUGUCCCACUCGGCGGUCAGUACUCUGUGUCGCUCCAUCAAGCUACAGUGUGAGCUCUACUCCUCACGCCAAAUAGCCAUCUGUCUGGACCCCUACUGUGGCCUGGGCUUCGUACAGUGGUGCCUCUCCAGUGUGUACUCGGGUCACCAGUCCAUCCUGAUCCCUCCUAUGGAGUUGGAGCUGUCCUUACCACUGUGGCUGAGCACCCUGAGCCAGUACAAGAUCAGAGACACCUUCUGUUCCUACUCUGUCAUGGAGCUCUGCACCAAGGGCCUGGGCACACAGACUGACUCUCUCAAGGCGCGGGGUGUGAACCUGUCGUGUGUGAGGAGCUGUGUGGUGAUAGCAGAGGAGCGUCCCCGGCUGGCACUGACCCAGUCCUUCUCCAAGCUGUUUAAAGACCUGGGCCUCUCCCCCCGUGCUGUCAGCACAGCGUUUGGAUCCAGGGUCAACCUAGCCAUCUGCUUGCAGGGUACAGCUGGACCCGAUCCCUCCACCGUCUAUGUAGACAUGAAGUCCCUCCGCCAUGACAGGGUGAGGUUGGUGGAGCGAGGAGCCCCACAGAGUCUUCCCCUCAUGGAGUCAGGCACUAUUCUUCCAGGGGUGAAGGUGAUCAUCGUGAACCCAGAGACCAGGGGUCCGUUGGGGGACUCGCAUCUAGGAGAGAUCUGGGUUCAGAGUCCCCACAGUUCCAGUGGCUACUACACCAUCUAUGGAGAGGAGAGCUUGCAGGCGGACCACUUCAACACGAGGCUGAGCUUCGGGGAGCCCCACACCCUGUGGGCCAGGACGGGAUACCUGGGCUUUGUCAAGAGGACAGAGCUACUGGGGUCCACCGGAGAUCGUCAUGACGCUCUGUUUGUGGUGGGCCAGCUGGAUGAGACGUUGGAGCUCAGGGGGCUUCGCUACCACCCCAUCGACAUCGAGACCUCUGUGUCCCGGGCACACCGCAGCAUCGCUGAGAGUGCUGUGUUCACGUGGACCAACCUCCUGGUAGUAGUGGCAGAGCUGGCCGGGUCAGAGCAGGAGGCCCUGGACUUGGUGCCUCUGGUGACCAACGUGGUUCUGGAGGAGCACCACCUGAUUGUGGGUGUGGUGGUUGUUGUUGACCCGGGGGUCAUCCCCAUCAACUCACGGGGAGAGAAGCAGAGGAUGCACCUCCGGGACUCAUUCCUGGCCGACCAGCUGGACCCCAUCUACGUGGCCUAUAACAUGUGAGGAGGGCCCAGGCCCCAUUCACACUGGGGUGAAGGCUGGCUAUGGGGGUCCACUGGAGUGGAGGCUGGCUAUGGGGGUCCACUGGAGUGGAGGCUGGCUAUGGGGGUCCACUAGGGUAGAGGCUAAAGUAUAGAGGCUCUGAGAGGGAGGCGCUAGACACAGAGAGGGGGCUGGGGGGUGGACUGCUUCUCCCAAGAAUGGACCUCACACACUCACUCAUCUGGCAGUGGGACAGAUUGGCAGGACAGGGCAGGAGUAGCAUUGGUGGAUGGGCUUGGACUUGGUUUAGCCAUCAUGUUACAGUAAUUCCUGCCCCAGCGUUCUUUUUCUCUCGGCCAGAGUCUCCUCUCUAUGAAACAGAGACUGUUUAUUAAGGCUGUGGGUGGGAGUGAAGUUAGAGCAUGUCUGUCUGCAUGGGGUUUUGCUGCUUCUUACUGGUGCUUUUCCAACCACUCCCUGCCUCCCACUGACAGAGUAGGAAGAUGAUUGGUUUCUCCUUUUUGAUUGAGACUUGGGUCCACCUAUCAAGUAGAUGUUUGCCAAUACCCUCAUCCACUGUCUCUCCCCGACUGCUCCUAACCAUGAUUUUAUCCCCAGACAGUAUUAUUGUGAAUCUUGUUUUCUAGAAGAAAAUACAGAGGUGUGUUUCUCAUCUCGAUCCAUUCCCUGGUUCAGCCUGUACCCUGCUCUCUCCUGAGUGGUCCACAGUCCGUCAUGUUGGUCAGGAUAGGACUGUGGAGUCAACAUGACGAGCUGGAAACUUCCCCCAUGCACUUUAACCUUUCCUUGUCCUUCCAUAAUCUCUCCUAGCCUAGUCCCAGAUCUCUUUAUGCAGAUCAACUCCUCAUCAGACAAUGACCAAAGGAGUUGGAAAGACCUGGGACCAUGCAUAUUGUACAUCUCAAAUGGCAACCUAUUCCCUAUAUAGUGUACUACCCUAUGGGCCUUGGUCAAAAGUAGUUCACUAAAUAGGGAAUAGGGUGCUAUUUGAGACGCAGUCUAUAUGUCCCUUGGAUUGUCGUUGGGAGACUCUGACCUCUACCCACUUCCAUUUUUCAUCAAGAAAUGCAGAAGAACUAAACAAUAUCACAAACAAUACAAUAGCAGCAGUAAGUACAGCCCACUGACUCAAACGCCUGCACCUCAUUAGCUGUACUUACUGCAGAGCUGGAAUUGACCAGUCAUCUUACGUGUCUGUCCCAUAGACCUCGUUUUCUUUUUUUACACUUUACUGCUAUGUUAAACGCUUUUAGACAUCCUAGAAGAAUCCACUUUUAAAACACACUUGUCAUUGGUAUGGAAUGAAACAGAUGUGCAACAUAAACAUACCAGCAGCAGACUCGCACAACAAAACAGACCGUGUUUAUUUUUGGGGGACAAUAUUUUAAGGUCUUGAUGUAUGAGCAGGAAUCGUUCCAUGAGAGUUCUCUCAUCGAUCAUGUAAAUAAAAUGGACUUCUGUUUUAACUGCUGUUUUAUGGGGUCAGGGUUAUAUGUAUGUCUGUACAUACGACUAAACUGCUGUACAUAUUUAUCGUCAUUAUUUAAAUAUCUAGCAAGCACAAAAUACUGGUAAUAUGGAACAAUAAACUUCUGAUUAACUUUCUGGCUGACCUGAUAUCAUGGAGGCUCCUCUGCUGAAUCACUAUCUUAGCUUGAAUAAGUAUCAGUCAGUCAGCUGCUGGCCUCUGUCACAGGCUUUCAGAUGGCAAAGCCUUGGGGUCCGUGGCUUGUCAAUUGCUAGGCUUGUUUGUUGAUUCUGGAGCAUCUAUAUCUCUGACUAACUUCACAUGAGGCUACAUCUGGGAUGUCGGAAGACUGCUGUGCCUUUAAAUGUGGAAGACACAUUUCAGUUGUACAACUGACUCGGUAUCCCCUUUCCCUUUGUUUUGUGCCAUCAUGAAACGUGACAUCUUCAUAAAUCAAGGACGUGAAUUACCAAACUCAGUUGGCAGUGGGUAUAAGAUGAGGACAAAUUCUUGCCUUAUAAAACCCGUGUAACUUGUAAUACUUUUACUGUUAUUAUUUGUCAAAGGUUUUAAUUUCAUUCUUCUGAUUGUAUUAUGACUAGAAAAGGGAUUGUGAAGGGUAAGAUGUUGACCGCAUAGGGUAUAUUUUAGAGGUCAAAAACUGUAUAACUGUACAUUGAAAUUAUGAACUUAUUCUUUGUUCAUAAAACUUGACUGAUCUUUCAUACUUGACAGCAAAUGUCUGCAUCACAGACUUAAACGUAGGCUAACACAUUUCAAAAUUAAAGGAAGCACAUCAUAUGAUUUGGCAGGUGGUAACAAUUUGCACUUUUCCAUAUCAUUAUUACUGGUGUGUGUGAUCGUAUGGUUUAAAUGGUGACAUCGUUUGCCUUUCCUUGUGGACAUUUUUUAAAAUUUCCCUUUUUAAUUAAAUGAACAUCAAAAUAUUGAACAAUAUUUUUGUUCCAAAAUGCCAGUUUCUUUUUUGUUGAUUGGCUUAUUUUAUGUCAUUCACUGUAAUGUCAUUUUUAGGGGUUGACUCUAGCAGGACAUCCCAAGGAUCCAUCCUAGCAUCAAACUUUCAAAUUUUAUUCCAUCCAUCCAAAUGAGAAAUUCAUUAUUUAAAUGAUUGUAAUGUUUUUCAUGCAAGAUUUCAACUACCCUACACAACACUGUGGCAAAACAAAAACCUGUUUGAUUUAGGAAGUUGUUAAAACUACUUGAAUGACAAACAUUGUAACUUAAGUCCAUCCUUAGAGUAAAGUUACAUUUAAUGAUUCAUAAAAAAUGUUUUUGGGACUAUUCUGUGGUAUUUGGCUUUCUUGCCAAGCUGCUACUGUAUCAUUCCACCUUUGCAUGUUUAAAUCAUCAUCUUAUCUUAUAGUGGUGUGACCAUAGAACUAGAAGGAAUUUACCACUCAAUCUUCAUGGUGUGAGCGGUUCCAAGCCCGUUCCACUCAUCUUCAUGGUGUGAGCGGUUCCAAGCCCGUUCCACUCAUCUUCAUGGUGUGAGCGGUUCCAAGCCCGUUCCACUCAUCUUCAUGGUGUGAGCGGUUCCAAGCCCGUUCUACUCAUCUUCAUGGUGUGAGCGGUUCCAAGCCCGUUCUACUCAUCUUCAUGGUGUGAGCGGUUCCAAGCCCGUUCCACUCAUCUUCAUGGUGUGAGCGGUUCCAAGCCCGUUCUACUCAAUCUAAUUCUAUGGGUGUGACAACAUGUUGUCCUGCCAUACAUUCAUUAGACACAUUGGUGCUAUCCAAAACUGGAAAUAAGGGGAAAGUUUUUCAAGAUUCUAUCCAUGGAAAAACCUAGCUUGAGUUCCAGCCUGUUUGUACGAAUGUGCCAGCUCCAAUUGGCAAAAGCACAAACCGGUAUAGGACCAGGCUAGGAGAAAUGAUCAGGAUUGCCAAUAUUUCCAUGUAUUUUGUAAUAAACACUGUGCCAAUUGCGGUAAACCUGAAAACAAUAAAGGAUGUUAAGCUUUUAGUCUAUUGUAAGCACAAUGUACUGUACUUGUGUAGUGAUAAAACAAUAUAUUUCGGAUGAUUAAUGUUAUUUGUAAACAUCAAGGGCCCAAAAUAUAUAUACCUCAAGGCUGCUCACUAUGCAUAAAUGCUGUACAAGAUCUUCUCAAUAUUGUCAGUGAUGCAAUGAGUUCCAACUCAGAGGCAAACGUGUCCUAUUUGACCAACGUUCUGUCAUGUUGUCAAUGGGAAUCAUUUGUUUUCUAUUUGGUUUAGCAAAAUGAAACAAUAAAAAUCUGCUUUUGUCA